CCCGCCCCGCUAGUCUCAGACGUAGACACCUUGGCGCUGUGGGGCGUCGCGACCGGUGACGUCAGGGGUGCGCCUGAAGUCUUCGUCCCGAGCCUGGAAUCCCGGAAAGGCAGCAUCGGGCACCAGAUUCCGAACACUUUUUCUUCUGAGACCACCUGAAGUGCUGAGCCCAGCCCGGGUCCCAGACCCGCGUGGUUCUCACCCUGGUCCUCUCCUCAUUGCUUUCUCGCUUCCCGCGCCACCGUCUGGGCCCCGGAAUGCCCGGGGUCUCCGCCCGGCGCCUCUCUCACGAAGAGAGGAGACAGCUAGCGGUGAACCUCACCCGGGUCGUGACGCUCUACCGUUCCAUCCUGGACGCCUACAUCAUCGAAUUUUUCACAGACAACCUGUGGGGCACACUCCCUUGCUCCUGGCAGGAAGCCCUGGAUGGACUGAACCCGCCACAGCUGGCCACGCUGCUGCUGGGGAUGCCCAGAGAAGGGGAAGUGGCCAGGUACAGGUCGGUGUGGCCACUCACCCUGCUGGCCCUGAAGUCCACAGCCUAUGCCCUGGCCUUUACCCGGACGCCUGGGUUUCAGACCCCCUCAGAGUUCCUGGAGAAUCCCAGCCAGAGUUCCCGACUGACAGCUCCAUUCCGGAAACAUGUCAGGCCCAAGAAGCAGCAUGAGAUUCGGAGGCUGGGAGAGCUGGUGAAGAAGCUGAGUGACCUCACAGGCUGCACCCAGGUUGUCGAUGUAGGCUCAGGCCAGGGCCAUCUCUCCCGCUUCAUGUCCCUGGGGCUGGGGCUGAUGGUAAAGAGCAUUGAAGGGGAUCAGAGACUGGUGGAGAGAGCCCAGCGCCUAGACCAGGAGCUCCUACAGACUCUGGAGAAAGAGGAGAAGAGGAACCCAAAGGUGGUCCAGACUGGCCCUCGCCACCCCCCACACCACGUGGUUAGGUGGGUGGACCCCACGACCCUGUGUGAGGAGCUCCUGCUUCCGCUGGAGACCUCCCCUCAGAGCGGGGCCCGCCUGCUGCUGACGGGCCUCCACGCCUGUGGGGACCUGAGUGUGGCCUUGCUGAGGCACUUCUCCUGCUGCCCUGAGGUGGUGGCUCUGGCUUCAGUGGGCUGCUGCUACAUGAAGUUGAGUGACCCUGGUGGCUACCCACUGAGUCAGUGGGUGGCUGGGCUGCCCGGCUAUGAACUGCCCUACAGGCUUCGGGAGGGGGCCUGCCAUGCCCUGGAGGAGUAUGCUGAGCGGCUACAGAAAGCAGGCCCCAGCCUGCGAACCCACUGCUACCGCGCGGCACUGGAGACCGUCAUCCGGUGUGCCCAGCCUGAGCUCCGGCGGCCAGGCGUGCAGGGGAUUCCCAGGGUCCACGAGCUCAAGAUUGAAGAAUACGUGCAGCGGGGGCUACAGCGGGUGGGGCUGGACCCCCACCUGCCACUGAACGUGGCUGCCCUUCAAGCUCACCAGGCCCAGGAGAACCGUGUGGUGGCCUUCUUCAGCCUGGCCCUGCUGCUGGCCCCACUGGUGGAGACUCUGAUUCUACUGGACCGGCUGCUCUACCUUCAGGAGCAGGGCUUCCAUGCUGAGCUCCUACCCAUCUUCAGUCCCGAACUCUCUCCAAGAAACCUGGUUCUGGUGGCCACCAAAGGGCCUCUGGGUGAGGCCUUGUCUCUUCUGGAGACUGAAGACAGCUGACGCAGGCAGAGGAAGGGCGCAGCUCAGCCCCCAUCUGAAACUGCCAGGCACCACGCUAGGAGGCAGUCUUUGCCUCCUCAGCCAGAGAACCAGCAUCCUGCAUCCUCCCUGGCAUCUGGGUUCCCUGCAAACCAGCGUCAUACCCUUUCUCUCCCUGUGUAUGUUAUAUAAUAUUAUGCAGAAGUUUAUUUUCAAUUUAUUAAAAAAUUGA